AUGUCAUGGAAUGUGCUGUUUGUAUUGCUAAUAGGAGUUGUAGUUUUGGUAUUACUUUCCCCGGUAUUCAAGUCAACAUGGCCAUUUUCGACUUUCUACCGUAAUGUCUUUCAGCCCUUUCUAGCCGAUGACCAAAAAUAUCGUUGGAAGUUCCAUUUGGUACCUCUUUUCUACACUUCAAUUUACCUAUACCUAGUAUAUACCUACCACACCAGAGUGGAGUCACUAAUCAAGAAUGAACUAUUCCUUUUGGAACGGAUACUUAUCGUGCCGAUAAUUAUACUACCACCGGUAGCAUUAGGAAUUCUGGCUAUGGUAACCAGAGCUGAGGAUUCAAACGAUCACAAACUAGGUUCAACGGAAAAAUAUCCAUACGAUUACUUGUUGUAUUAUCCUGCCAUAAAGUGUUCGACAUGUCGAAUCGUCAAACCUGCUAGAUCCAAACAUUGUAGCAUUUGCAAUAGAUGCGUUUUGGUGGCCGAUCAUCAUUGCAUCUGGAUAAAUAACUGCAUCGGAAAAGGAAACUACCUUCAAUUUUACCUUUUUCUAAUUUCAAACAUAUUCUCGAUGAGCUACGCCUUUCUAAGAUUGUGGUAUAUUUCUUUACAUAGCACAACUACACUUCCUACAGCUGUCCUGACUCUAACCAUAUUAUGUGGAUGUUUCACUAUUAUCUGCCUUAUUUUCACAUACCUUCAAUUGGCUAUCGUAAAGGAGGGAAUGACCACAAAUGAGCAAGACAAAUGGUAUACCAUCCAAGAGUAUAUGAGAGAAGGAAAACUGGUGAGAUCAUUGGAUGAUGAUUGUCAAUCUUGGUUUCUCAAAUUCACGGAACAAGAAGAAAAUACUGCCGGACGUCUUCAGGAUCAACAUGUUACGUUUUAUAGCACGAAUGCCUACGACCAUAAGCACUACAGUCUAGCACACUAUACUACGAUUAAAGAUGCGUCCGAAAUUCCUAAUAUAUAUGACAAGGGUACCUUCUUGGCCAAUUUCACAGAUUUAAUAUAG